GCCGACCCCGCGGACCCCCCCGCCGCCGUCGCCCACCCCCGCGACCGCCGCCUCUUCGAGUCCAUCGUCGGCAGCCCGGGAUACAUCGCCCCGGAGAUCCUCCUCCGCCAGCGGUACGGCGUCGAGUGCGACUGGUGGUCCGUGGGCGUCAUCAUGUACGAAAUGCUCUACGGGAUUCCACCCUUCUUCGCACAGGACCCAAGCACCACCUGCUACAAAAUUACACACUGGAGAGAAUACCUCGUGUAUCCACCAGACAGAGGCGUUCCAGAUGACGCCGUCGAUCUCAUGCAACACCUCAUGUGUGACCCAAAGGAACGACUCGAUUUUGAAGCCUUAAAGGCACAUCGAUUCUUUGAAGGUAUUGAUUGGGCACACUUACGAGAGAUGGAAGCAGCAUACAUCCCACAACUCGCUAACCCUCUCGAUACACAGUACUUUCCAGAGAUUGAGGACGGCAACGUACAACAGCGGCUUGAUGAACAUAACGCCGUACGAGAAGUAGACCCACGUGGUGUUAUGUUUGCAGAUUACAAAUUCCACCUAAACAAAUAA